GCGUGCGCCGAGGGAGUGCGCGUGCCCGGUGGGGCGCCGCGCGCACAUCCCACUCCGUCGUGCCUGGCGCUGGGGCACCUCCUCCGGGAAGCCUUCCUGGCGCCCGGGCUGACCGAGUCGUCCCCUGCGUCCCCCGUCCCCUCAUGGGGACGUCUGCACCCGCCUUUCUCAGGCUGGGGGUGGGGAGAUCUGUCCAGUUUGUUCACCUGCGCGUCCCGGGGCAGAGCCAGCGCCAGGAAGUACAUGGAAGGUGUCUAAAAAGUGUGCGAAUCCCCAUGGUAGGGCAGGGCUCCCUGCCUAAGGGCAACAGAGACCGCAGCCGCAGCUCCGUUCCGCGCGUGCCGUCCCACCCCACCCCAGGCUGGGCGCUGUCACGCACCCCUGGUUCCAUCUGCGCCACGAUAAGCGCAGGGGGUGCGCGCUGCGUUUCCCAGACGAGGGGGGCGGGGGGGGCACAAAAAGGAUGGCUCGCCAUAGAUGGAAGGAGCUGAGAGCUCCCCCCACCUCCACUGACCUGCGCUGCCCAUGUGGGUGGGGCCCUGGGAGUCUCCUGGGACCCACAGGGGCCUUGGCAACGCAAGCCACCCAGGCUUGUCGCAGCAACAGCCACCAGCCCAGGCUGGGAUUCGGGCAGCACCGGGCGUGGAGCUGGCCAGAAUUCCUUUUGCCUAUGGAGCAUGCAGCAGCCACAGACCCCAGGCCAGGGGCCCCAAGGCCGCCCACUGAGAACGUUGUGCCACGAGCCGAGGAUUGGCUGCGAGGAGUUCCUAGGGGCCCCCCAGCGUGGGCCACCAGCCUUGAGGCAGAGCUUCUGUCAGAUCUAGAGCUGAGCGAGGAGCAGCGGCUGCAGAUCUCCAAGGAACUGGUUGACGUUCAGAUCACGACCCAUCGCCUGCAAGAGCAGCACGAGGCUGAACUCUUCCAGCUAAAGAGUGAGGUCCUUCGGCUGGAGGGCCGGGUGCUAGAGCUGGAGCUGCAGGGAGAUGGUGCCAGCCAGGCGUGUGCAGCCCCGGCAGAGGCUGACCUAGGGCACCGGCAAGCACCAGCCCAAGAGCUCAGGCGCAAACCCCAGGGCCCUGGACGCCCUGACCGCCACAGACUCCAGCUGCCAGGAGGCCAGGAGCAGCGGCAGGGAGAAGUGGAGUGGGCGCUGGAGCGUCACAAAGCCCGACAGCAGGCGCUGGAGACACGAGUGGCAGCCCUGAGCCGGCAGCUGCAGGAAGCCCAAGAGGAGGCCAGGGCAGCUGGGCAGCGACUGGCCGCACAAGCUGCGGUGCUGUCCACGUGCCAGGGCCAGCUCCGCCAGGCUGAGGCCGAGAAUUCCCAGCUGCAGCUGCAGCUCAGAAAGCUGAACGAGGAGUAUGCCUUCCGGCUGCAGCGCUGCGCCCGGGAGGUGGUGGGGUUUGCCAACGGCGUCGGCCAGGCACCUGCAGCCACAGCCCUGCGGACAUUCCUGGAGGCCACCCUGGAGAACAUUCGGGCAGCGCACCGCUGCCGUGAGCAACAGCUGGCCCGGGCCGCUCGCGCCUACCGCAAGCGCCUGGCAGAUCUGAGCCACAGGCAUGAGGAAGUGCUGGCCACCCACAGGGGCCUGGACACUACGUUCUGGGCCCAGAUCCACCAGAAACUCCAAAACUUCUCCCACAGCACCCAGGCAGAGCUGGAAAAGGAGCGGGCACAGCUGCUGGUCCGGGCCACGGUAGCUGAAGAGCAACUUUCUGAGCUACAGGAGUAUGUGGACCAGCACCUGGGCAGGUACAAGCAGGAAAUCCUGAGGCUGAGGAAGCUGGUGGGUACAAGGGACCCCUGGAAAGAGGGGGCCAUGCCCCCAGCCAAGCCCCACCAUCCACGGACAUGCAGCCACUAGCCAGCCUUCCCGGAGCACAGAGCACACUGCUGUGAGCCAGCGUGGAGCCCUCCCCACCAGCCCUCUGCUAAACAAGUCAGGGUGGAAUCCACUGAGUCUUUAUUGCAUCUGAAGAGUUAGCCAGCCUGAGAAACGGGGGCCCCAGGGACCGAGGUGGAACUGGGUACUGGGGCAGCCUUGAUGGGCACCCCCCCAAGAGGAGACAGCCUUCCCAGCCAGCCCACCGCCAUGGACAUCAUAGGCCCAGACGCGGUCCAGGCCCUCACCCACCACAGCCACAGGCUGCCAGGUGGGGAGGGGGAAGCGUCCAGAUACCACCCGGGCGCCUGGGGGCAGCUCUGCCUGCAGCUUGUCCUCCAGCAGUGCGAGCUGUGGGAGAGAGCAGAGGGUAGAGGGGUCCGGGGUCAGACAGAAAACAGCUGCCCAUACCCAGCCGUCCAGGCCUAGCACCCACACGGGGCCGGUCCCCAGGCCUCAGCAGCAAACACACUUCCCAGUGGAGCUAGCAAACCCCAGACCUACCACGCUGGGGGCCAGGAACACAGACACGUUGUGGCAGUCCUUCAGGCUCACCUGCAGGGAGAAGGGGUCACCUCAGCAGGAAAGGGGGGCCCAGCUGGGGAGAGGUCUGGUGGGCAUGGGUUCACUGCAGCUUCUGAGUCCCAGCCCACCCAGGUUUCAAGGGGCCCUUGGGCUGCCAGCAGGGGGCCAAACCAGACCCCUAGCAUGGAAAUCAGGUAUGGAGUCUGCAGAGAUCCAGGACUCCCCAGGUUACCUUCCAGAGGUCCUCCCGGCGGUAGCAGACACUGCCGGCACAGCCGGCCCUCCAGGCGUGCAGCCGCGCCAGCGCCACCAGCCACGGGUUUAGCUCAUAGCCCACAGCCGGGCGGAGACCACACCUGUGGGCUGCCAGCACCUGUGGGCACCAGGAGCGUGGGGAGCAGUAUGUGGGGGGGGGCACCCGUGGGAGGAGGCAGCGAAGACAGAGACACACACGCACACGCGCGCUUACGAUCCUGCCGUCGCCGGAGCCCAGAUCCACCAUUUUCCCAGGGCGGCCUCGCAGCAGCGACAACACGUGCUCCACCUGCCGCGCGCUCGCGCCAACGUAGGGCACCUGGGCAAGGAGGUGGGCGGGCAGGGAAUGCUGUCUCCUCUUGGGGGGUGUCCAUCGGCCGCUCCUGCCCCUCCUAGAGUCGGUCCCGAAUCUCCUGGGAGGGGGCCUCCUUUCUUAGCCGACUUUCCUGCCCCGCGUGGAGCAGGUACCAACCCGCCGCCCCGCCCCCGAGCCCGGGCCGCCCCGCACCUGCAGCCGCAGCGGCACGCGGCGGAAGCCGG